GGAGGUUCCCGCCAGAUUCAAGCUGCGGGCGGCGGUUGGCGGCGCGGCCGUUGGCCCGGCGCCGGGAUGGAGCUCAUGACUUUCCCCCGCUACAGCGCCGACGACAUUAUCAGCUACCUCCGCAGCCACGUCCUGACGGGCGCCGAGGCCCGGAACCUGGUGAAGGGCGACGUGUUCGGCAGCCCCAAGCUUGAAGUUUUACACAUGAUUUACAUGAGACUCCUGCAGAAGGUAUAUGGAAUCCGCCUGGAGCAUUUCUACAUGAUGCCGGUCAACGUUGACAUAAUGUAUCCACAGAUAUUUGAAGGCUUUCUACCUGUUUGUAAUUUGUAUAUUCACAUGGAGCGCUUACUUCCAGUGUGCCGGGUUACUGAUUUUCAAAUUGCUGAUGUUUUAAACCCAAAAACAAAGAGGACGAUUCGCUUCCUGAGUGGCAUUCUCAAUUUUGUAAAUUUCAGAGAAUUCCGACGUGAGGUCUACUUGGAGUUACAACUGAACUAUAAGUCAGCUAUGGAGAAACACCAACAACUGGAGACUGCCAAUCGUGAGGCAGCAUCGAAGCUGGAAAAACUGAACACUGUUCCAGUUGAACAUCAAGCAGAGGUCAAACAACUGACAGAGAAUAUUCGAGAACUAGAGCAACUACUAAGGCAAGAGUAUCGUCGAAAACAAACAGCUUUGCAAGAGGUGAUUUCACAAAAGAAGUCAGAUAUUGCAGAGAAUACCCGAAAACUGAAUGAGCUUAAAGUGACAAUGGCUACUUUGAAAGAAGAACAAGAGCAACUGAAAUCAAAAAUUGUGGAGAGUCCAGAGGAACUGAAAAAUUUCAAAGAACUGAUGAAAGAAACUGUUAGGAAACUCAAGAAAUCCAAGCAAGAAGUUAUUGAGAAAUAUGAAAGUUAUAGAGACCUAGUUGAGGUUCUGCCAUCAUGCCAAAUGGAGGUGCAGUUAUAUCAAAAGAAGAUGGAAAGACAGGCUGCGAAUGUGGAGAGACUGGCCAGUGUAUUAUCAGAGGUCAGAAAUCUGGAGGACCAGCUUGAGAGUGCUCAGAUAGAGCUGAAAAAGGGGAAAACAGAUGAAAUGUCCUUAAAGAGACUGGUCACUGCAAAACAUGAGAAGCUGUCUACAGCUGAAAUAAGGAUAAAAAAGAAGCGUGAAGACGUUGAGCAAUAUAAGCACACUGUAUUUGAAUAUUGUAACAGAGUUCAGGAGAAGAGGGGUGCUGUAUAUGAUAAAGUGACGGCCAUUCACAAGGAAAUCCAACAGACAAAGUUCAAAAUUCAUCAGCUGAAGGAGAAUGCUGAAAAGGAAGAAAUGAAAGCCAAGGAAAUACACCUAAAUCUGAAAGCUGGGUUGGAGAAGCAUCAUGACUCUCUAAUUAAGACAGCAAAGAGUUAUGCAGCUGCAAGAGAAGAUAAAAUUGCUGAACUGAAGAAGGGACUUCUUAGAGUUCAGACUCCUGAAAGUAGUUCUUAGACCUGUCAUCUUUUGUAUUCCCCUUCCAUUAUGUUUAUGCUCAUAUCUGAACUCAAGAGCUUGUGUUUUGCAUGGGAUGAAUAAUUAUUCCAAGCAAAAGUCAGCUUUCUAAAAAACCAUGUCAACACAUUUAACUUUCUAGACAGAUCCUGAUGUUGUGAACUCACUGAUGUGGAUAAGAAAACAUUUGGUUUAGCCUCUUCAUAUUGUUUCAGUCAGUAUCUGAUUUCAGUGGUAAUAACACAAGUCUUGCUAAUGCCAUAUUUCUUGACAUUUAGACAGAAUCCUGCUUUUUGUAGAAACUGUUCUGCAAACGUUGAUCUGGGAAGAUCUGGUGCUUUAAUCUGGCCUGAAUGGACACACUGUUCAAGAUAAGUUGGUAAUAGGUGAUAUUCCAGUACCAUUAUUCAAUUAAGCUUAAAUCCUGUUGGAGCAGUAGCAUCCAUGUAAAUACCAACUUACUCUCAUCACAAAUAUGGGUGACUUUAAUCACUCAAGAGUAUAAUUUUACUUAACAGCAUUUCUGGAUGCUUGAACUCAUUGUUUCUGCUCUGUGGGGCAUUGAACCCUCACUUGUACUUAUUAGAAAGCCUGUGUUUGGGUGCUUAGUCCUCUUAAAAACAAAAACAAAACAAAAGCUAUGUAGAUUACUCUUGUGUCUUAACUCGUGAUGGCACUUGGUUUGCCACAGUGUUUCUAAUUAUUUCCAGAAAUAAAACGUUAAUUUAAAAAACA